CGACGUUUCUUCUACCAACGAUUCCUGUUUUUGCCGGCCGAUCUGUGGACUGUGGAUAUAGCCGGAAAUGAGUCACAGGCGACGGGAGAGGUAUCGGAAGGAGGGAGUAACGGUACGACCAGCGAUAUCUACGGCGACGGAGGCGAUAAUGCUCGGAUAUUUAACCGACGGCUUCUUGAGGGAUCCACUGGUAUUAUCAAUGGUUUCCUGACGUGGACAAACACCAAGAAGCCCGUGGACGCUGAAAGCUGUGUCGAGAAGCUAUUACUUUAUCUUCGGAUUUUGGUUUGGGAACUGCUCUAACAUGCGCUGUUACCAUCAGGCGCCUGGACAAACAAGCAGACAUGAUGCCAGAUUCCCAGGUUUGUAAAACAUAAGAUAUAUCUUCCAGAGAUUUGAUAAGAUUAGAAUUAUUUUCCUUAAACAAGAUUGUGCUUCUGUGGUGAACAGAUGAUGUCAUAAGGUAUACAAGGUCGACUAUAUUUUAAAAUGUUGAUGUAGAAUAUUAUCUUCUGACCAAAGCAUAACUAAAUAGUUUUCUUGACUAACUCAUCGGUUCUACAAUGGUCCAUGGAGGGUUGGGACACCAUUAACUAGUUAAUUAAUUGAUAUCAAGUGUUCACAUGUCUUGACUAGUUCAUAUGUUUAUUAUGUCUGCAGUCAUUACUUUACUUUCAUAUAUAUACAAACUAGUUAAAUAAUUGGUUUUGAAAGCAUUGACUCUGCAACCUGUAGCAAUCUCUCUGAUUUUAUUCCUUGUAGGGCCUUGACUAGUUCAUGGGCAUUUUUUUUGUUGGCUUAGAUGACUUCCAUCAUGCUCCCAAAGAUAUAAAAGACAAAAACAGAAACUAAGCUCUUAGUUUCUAAAACCGUCGAUCAAAAAUCAUGUCUCGUACAAUCGGCUCACGGGUCAUUUUCUUGAUCCUUGCUCUCUUCUGUUGUACUGAAAACUCCCGUGGCAAACUGGUUAUGCAGGGAUCCGCUGGAUUUUUUAAAGGUUACAGGACGUUGACGAGCACCAAGAAGCACGCAUAUGGUCAAGCCUUCGAGGACGAGAUAGUCCCUUUCAAGAAUUCGGCCAACGAUACAGUUACUUCUUUCUCUGUCACGUUCUUCUUUGCUAUCGCCCCUGAGGAUAAGCACAAAGGCGCUCAUGGUAUGGCCUUCGUGAUCUCUCCCACAAGAGGCAUUACUGGUGCCUCCGCUGAUCAGUACCUUGGAAUCUUUAACAAAGCAAACAACGGGGAUAGCUCAAAUCAUGUCAUCGCUGUGGAGCUCGAUAUAAAUAAAGAUGAGGAAUUUGGCGACAUUAACGAUAACCAUGUUGGUAUCAACAUAAACGGAAUGAGGUCUAUCAAAUUUGCUCCUGCUGGUUAUUAUGAUCAAGAAGGUCAAUUUAAAGAUCUUUCUUUGAUAAGUGGAAGUCUACUCCGAGUCACGAUUUUGUAUAGCCAGAUGGAAAAACAGCUUAAUGUCACCUUAUCAUCACCAGAGGAGGCUUAUUACCCGAACAAGCCUCUUCUUUCAUUGAACCAAGAUCUAUCACCCUAUAUUUUGGAGAACAUGUAUGUGGGCUUCUCAGCCUCAACGGGGUCUGUUAGAGCAAUGCAUUACAUGUUGAGUUGGUUUGUACAUGGCGGCGUUGAUGUUCCAAACCUGGACUUGGGAAUACCAACAUUUCCUCCAUAUCCCAAGGAAAAAUCUCUGGUUUAUCGGAUUGUUUUGGUGACCAGCUUGGCAUUGGUUCUCUUUGUUGCGCUUGUUGCAUCAGCUUUAAGUAUCUUUUUCUACAGGAGACAUAAAAAGGUUAAAGAGGUUCUAGAGGAAUGGGAGAUCCAAUGUGGGCCUCAUAGGUUUGCUUACAAAGAACUCUUUAAAGCCACAAAAGGUUUCAAACAACUUCUAGGCAAAGGAGGGUUUGGUCAGGUCUUUAAGGGUACACUUCCAGGUUCUGAUGCAGAGAUUGCCGUUAAACGAAUUUCACAUGAUUCAAAACAAGGAAUGCAGGAAUUCUUGGCUGAGAUAUCGACAAUUGGUCGGCUUAGACACCAGAACCUAGUCAGGCUUCAGGGUUAUUGUAGGUACAAGGAGGAACUCUACUUGGUUUAUGACUUUAUGCCCAAUGGAAGUCUUGACAAGUACCUCUACCACAGAGCGAAUCAAGAGCAACUCACUUGGAAUCAACGUUUCAAGAUCAUCAAAGACAUAGCCUCUGCACUCUGCUAUUUGCAUCAUGAAUGGGUACAAGUUGUAAUUCAUCGAGACAUCAAGCCGGCAAAUGUCCUGAUUGACCACCAAAUGAAUGCAAGGCUCGGGGAUUUUGGGUUGGCUAAGUUGUACGAUCAGGGUUAUGAUCCUCAGACAUCUAGAGUUGCUGGGACAUUCUGGUACAUUGCACCGGAGCUCAUAAGAAGCGGAAGAGCAACCACAGGGACAGACGUCUAUGCCUUCGGGCUGUUUAUGCUAGAAGUCUCUUGCGGUAGGAGGCUGAUAGAGCGAAGAACAGCCUCCGACGAGGUCGUCCUAGCUGAAUGGACAUUAAAGUGCUGGGAAAACGGAGAUAUUCUCGAGGCAGUCAAUGAUGGAAUCCGUCACGAAGACAAUAGAGAACAGCUCGAGCUUGUUUUGAAAUUGGGAGUGUUGUGUUCGCACCAGGCUGUAGCAAUUAGGCCAGACAUGUCUAAGGUGGUCCAGAUCUUGGGUGGUGAUCUGCAGCUUCCAGAUAAUCUACUCGAUAUAGUCAAAGCAGAGAAGGUCAGAAUGUGGUCUGAGACAUCUGAGAGUGUACUUGGUGUUUUGACAUCACAAGGGUCCAUUGGUACCUUGACGUUAACGGAACCUUUUACCUCCCGGGGACGCUGAGACGUGAUGCUGAGUUCGGUCGUGAAAUGAUAUAUGACAUGUUUGUUUGUAAAUAUUUUAUGUUUUCGAUUGAUGACAAAGGAGUCAGAAAGGACACUUGACCAUCACGGAAGCGAUGACUUCCGUCGGACGGUAAAAAGUGAUGGUCGAGGUUUGGUGAGAAAUCUAAAAAUGUGACGGUGUUUGCUUGAUAAAUAUCUUUAUUUUGGUGAUUGUAUUGAAUGUAUCGUUUUGAUUUCUGUUUAUACUUAUAUCGGCGGUGGAAUAAUUACACAUGACCUGAAAAGUAUGCGUUUGUGUUUACUUUUAUGUUGUAGUACUUGUUGUGUUUUUCAGCUAUGAAAA